AUGUCACAACGACAAUCGGCAGGGUUAAAAGAUAUAAAACAACUGAAGCUUAUCUCCGUGGCGUUUAAGGAAGCAUCUCUAGAUUCACCAUCUUUUAGAGCUUCAGUAAAUUAUUUUCAAACUAAAGUAGAAGCAUUUGAGAGCUGGAUCGAACGAACAGUGAAUUUUGUUGAUAAUCAGUUUGCUGAUUCAUAUGAUGAGUUUAGACGCACAAAGGAAGCCCUUAUAAAUCAGCUGCUUCCUUCUCCUGUUAUGCUGAGCAACGGCUUUGUUAGUAACCAAGGGUUCACUCCUUUAUUGGUGGAUAAUUUCAAUAAGGAUUACCGUCAAUUUGUUGAGAAAUUAUUAUGCAUGCUACUGGGGGAUGGAUCUAGCUACUCGGCAUCAUUAUUGGAAUUAAUGACAGGAGCUAUUGAACCAUAUAAACAAAAGAGAAUGAAUUUUGACUAUUAUCAGACCAAAUAUGAUACUCUAGUAGGUAGGUUCCAUUCAGUAGUUCCAACUUCAAAUAUCACUAUUGAUCCAAAGAGCCUUUAUGAAGAUGCUACACAAUUAUUUGAAGUCAGGAAAAGUUAUUUGCAAGCUUCAUUGGAUUUGGUAGCGGCUAUGUCGGUGAUGGAAUUAAGUAUGGAUAAGUUUUUAAUUGAAAUUAUUGGAGUAUUGAAAUCUAAAAACAAGUUUGAUGUUGCUGAAAAUGGCACCAUUAUUGAUUUAACUCCACAGAUAGAUUCAUAUCUUGUAGAUCAUCAAAAAUGGGUCAAAAAAGCUAUUGAAAGCGCUAGAACUUUAGAAUCGGAUAUGGAACGUGCAAAGGCUCGUAUUAUUGAGUAUAGUGUUAAAAAGAUGGCACCAAGUAAUGAUAUUAAAGAUUAUAAUACAAAAGAAAUUGAUCCAAAAAAAUUAAUUAAAAGGGUACCCAAGCAAUAUGCCCAUCCACCAGAAAAGGCAGGAUGGUUAUAUAUGAAGACUAAUGUGGGGAGACCUAGUAGAGAAAUUUGGGUGAGAAGAUGGUGUUUUGUUCAAAACUCUGUGUUUGGGAUGUUUCUGUUAUCACCUUCAAAGACAUAUGUCGAAGAAACUGGCAAAUUUGGAGUAUCUUUGAUAUCUGUUAGAUAUUUACAGUUUGAUGAUCGUUGUUUUACAUUUGAAGUCAAAAUUGAAGCUUCAAAGGCAACUAAUGAUUCAAGGAAUAAUAAAACUGAAGAUAUUUCUAUUAUAUUACAAGCUGAAGAUUUGCAUGAAUUGACAUCUUGGUUAUCAAUAUUUAGUCAUUCAAAGGCUUACCUUUCUACAUUGAAUAAAAAUAGUUUUGAAUUUAAGACGUCCUCAAGAGUCUUUGCGCCUGAAUUUUCUGAAUUCGCCUCUAGUACAAUUACUUCUGUUGAUCAAAUUUUAAGUGUACCAGAUUCUGAAACUAAACAGUUAUUAAGUUAUUUGAAAAGUGGGUUAUUAGAGAAAGAUGAUAUCGACAUAGACGAUGAGAAAAUUACUAAAUUGCAUAUGGCAGUCACGCCAUUAACCACAAAGAUGACUCAACCUGCAGUAUUGUCACAUUUGUAUGUUAAAAAUACUUGGUUGCCAAGUGCAGUAGUUGCGAAUAUUUGGGGUACUACCAAUUGGAACGAUUAUUCUUUAAUUGAAGAUUAUCAAAAGACUCCAGAUAAUGUUCUUUCUAAAGAAAUUACUACUUAUAAAAACCCAACUGCAUUACAUUAUCCAUCAUAUUAUUCUCCGAAUUUGAAAUUGGAAGAUAUUCAGUUUAAAAGUAUAUUUUUUUCUAUUGAUCAAGUUCUAUUAACAUUGCCUAAUGAAUUAUUAUUGUUAAAAUUUACAGGGUUUUGGAGACCAAAUAGAAAACAAGAAUUUUCUGCCACAUAUUAUGUAACGAAUGAACAUAUUUUUGGUUAUUUAAAUUUUAUGGGUUUUGUAUCGUUAACUAAAAUGAAACUAAGUGAUAUUGUUUCAAUAGAAAUUGAUAAAACUUCUCAGAAUACUUUGAAAAUUUAUGAUGUUACUGGUUCACAUUUAAGUAUUGAUGUUUAUUUCUCAGAUAUAAGAGUCACUGCUGCAAGUUUGCAAUUUUUAUUAGAAAAUAAAGCUGCUAAGGAACCUAAAAAGGAGGAAGAUUUAUUGGAAAAAUUAAAACAAAUUGAAAUUCAAUUUAAAGAGAAGACUAAGAAAGAAAUUUUAAAACGCAAUCAAACACUAGUAACAGCUAACACAAAUGAAAUUAUUGAAGCAGAAAAUCUUCCAUUAUCGCACAAUACUUUUUGGAGAAUUAGUGAUAAUGGUGCCAAAUUAUUGGCAAGACGAAAAAGAUUUCAAAUGAAAUAUUCUGUCACAUAUACAGCUGAUUAUGAUAUUGCGAGUAAGGCAUUAACUCAUGUAUUGUUUGGUGAUCAAUCUGAUGCUUUCCCAUUCUGUUUCCUAUUGGCUCAAAAAGAUAGUAAGUAUAAUAUGAAUUGGUAUUGGAAGGAAGAAAAAUCAGAAGAUGGUGCGAUUCAAAUGGUUAGACGAGUUCAUUUUCAAAUUAAUCUAAUUGAUAAUUUCUUAGAAAAUAAUAAAAGAGGCCGUACUACCGAAUCAAGUGAAGCUGUUGUAAUUCAAAGAAUGACCAAAGUUGUCGAAAAUAGAUACUACGAAAUUGAUCAAGAUCCCUCUUUAAUUAAAUUUCCAUUCUGUAGGCCAUUACAAGUUAAAGUUAAAUACAUAAUAACAGAGCCUUACGAUCCAGAGCAUGAAGUGGCAAGCAAGUUACGUAUGGCCACCAACAGAUCACAGUUGCAUAUCCUCUAUAGAUUCCAAUAUGUUCAUUUUAAAUCAGGUAAACCUGUCAAGUUUGUUACACCAUGGGAAAAAUUCAUGAAAAAUUUAGUUCUUAAAUAUUCAGUUAAUGAAUUUAUACUUUUCAAAAAAGUCAUCAAAUAUUAUUUGGAGAGAAUUGGUAAGCAUGGUAAAAUUUUAAAAGCUAUAAAGAUGUGCGGUAUGUUGGGUGUUUCAAAUAACUCUAUAUUGGAAGGAAGUAAAGAAGAAUCAGAAGAAAAUUCUAAAGAUAAAGAUGAUGGUAAGAAUAGAAGUAAAAAUAGGAGCAAGAAAUAUGACAUUCAAUAUUCGAUUUAUACUUUUAUGAUAAUAAUGAUGGAAUUGACCCUUUAUAGGUUUGUUAACUUAAUUUUAAUCCUUGUAAGAUUGAUGGUAAACUUUUUUUCAUUACUUGGUAAAGGCAUUGCCAAUAUCAAUAUAACUUUAGUUGUAGGUCUAUUAGUAUCUAUCCUGGUUAAUAUGUUUUUGUCUGGUAAAAGUAGUGUUUCAUAUUGGUCAGUAAAAAGAGCUGAAAAGAUAUUCGAAGAUCAUUUGUCGGGGAAAGAUAUGCACAUCAUGCAACGUGCCAUUUCAAUAGAUGAAAUCGAUUUAUUAACUAAAGAAGUGGCAUUAGAAGAUAAUAAUUUAGCAUUUGAAAAAUUCAAGCAAAGAGAUUCGGAUAAGGAUUAUCAAUAUAGAGACACAAGACAAGAGUUAGCAAUUAGAAGAAACGAAUUAUUAGUAGAGUUGAAAAUUUUACAGAAUAUGGAAAGGGAAUUGGUACAUGGGGAUUAUAGGAAAUUUUUGUUGCAAGAAAUUGAUAAAUGUAAUGUUAUAAGUCAGGAGAUGACAGGCUUAUGGUUGAAUGACACUAAGUUACAGAAAUAUUGUAUUAAUUGUAAUGAUGAGUUAGACCGUUUGAGCUCCUUAUUACUGUGA